CAGCGGCGUCACACGGACGUACACACGUCAUCAGCUGCCGGGUCAAACGUUCUUCUUCCGGUUGACGGCGCGGCAGCAAACAAACACGAGAAGAGGGAAAACCCGGGAAAAUACCGCCACAGCUCACCUGUCAGGCUCCUCUGAUACCAGGUAAAGAUGUUGAGGAGGAAACCGACUCGUCUGGAGCUGAAGAUCGACGACACAGAGGAGUUCGAGAGUGUCAAGAAGGAGCUUGAGGCCAGGAAACGUCAGCGGGAGGAGGCGGAGUCUGGAGGAGGAGCGGGCGGGGCUUCUGUUAUCAGUGUUGACGUCAUUGGGGGCGGAGCCUCAGCUUCUUCCUCUACAACAGCAUCAAGGGCGGACCUUAUCAACGAGCGAAUCGGCUACAAGCCCCACCCAAAACCUGCCACACUGCCGACCUUAUUUGGAAGUUUACAGUUUUAAUAAUGACGAAAUAAAGAUGGUGAAAAAAUAAAGUUUCGUUUUUUAUUCGCAACUGAAAACGACUCGUACCGCAGACAGUGUGUCGAUAAAGUUACUGUGUUUGAAUAAAGUUUAAACUUCAGAGGAGUGACGGAGAUGAUGCCACUCUCCAUGCGGUUUGUUGGACCAAUAAGGAGACAGGUUAGGAAUGACAUCACUCGUCAGGCAUGUUCGUAUGAUUUGUUUUAUUUUCAUAAUAAAUGCUACGAUAGUAUUUUGAUAAACAAAUGUAAAAAACAAACAAAUGAUUAGUGUUGAAAACUGUCAGAAACAAACAAUUUAUUUACACAAACAGUAGGCGGCGCUCGACAUCACUAACAGUAAGGCUCCGCCCUGACGCAGUCCAGGAAGUGAUACGUGUCUUCUUAUUUGUAGUUUAUACAUAUUUAUAUUAAACUUUAUCUUCUUUUCUUAUAACAAGGUGGUCCGUCAUUAUUUCAGUUGCCAUGACAACCUGGAGAAAAAAAAGGAAGUGCUGAUGAUGUGUUUUGGAGCUGCUUUUUUUUUUUUUUUUUUUUU